AUGUCAGAGAUUGUUGUUGCAGAGCCCAGUAGUGUUGGUACUAGUACAAGAAGAGUCUACACUACAACUAAUACAAGACCCUUUACAAGAUCAAUUACUUCUGGGCGUGAUAGUGUGCCUGACCCCUUUGAUAGUGAGAAGUUGCCGGUGACUUUGAUUCCUGAGAUUCGAAGGUUUCUUCGCAUCGCGAAUCUAAUAGAAAUUGAGGAGCCUCGUGUUGCUUAUCUCUGCCGGUUUCAUGCUUUUGAAGUAGCCCAUAACUUGGACCGGCAUUCGAGUGGACGGGGUGUAAGACAAUUCAAAACAUCUCUGCUUCAGAGACUUGAACAGGAUCUGAAUUCUGAAAUACUUGCAUGGUUAGCAAUAGAUGAGGAUGAAGAAGUUACUUUCAGAAAAAGGAGGGAAAAGAAUGAUUUACGUGAACUCAAACGUGUUUAUCGUGAGUACGAAAACUACAUUAUCAAACAUGGUGGGGAAUGUAAUCUGGAAAAUAGCGAGAAGUUGAGUAAAGCGCGUGCAAUUGCUUCUGUUUUAAAUGAAGUAUUGCAUAUAGUUACUAAUGCGGCAGGUUCUCAGGCCCUCACUGAUACUGGCAGCAUCAAUGCUUUUGUGCCAUAUAACAUUCUACCCCUUGAUCAAGGAGGUGUUCAUCAAGCAAUAAUGCAACUCCCUGAGAAAGGAAAUGUUGCAAACCAAAGGGAGCAUUUAAUUCUACUUCUGGCUAACACCCAUAUACGGCAAAGUCAUAAGCAAACAUUUAUGUCGAAGGUUGCCAUAUGUGAAACCGGAGGCCCAACAACAUAA